AUGAAGAAGACGCUGCUGCUGUGCUUUAUCCACGGCUUCAAGGGCGGCGAGUCAACCUUUGGAGACGACUACGAGUUUACCAAGCACCUACGAGACAUUGUUGCGCAGAAACUACCCAAGGUCGAUGUGCGGGUGUUGGUGUACCCCAAGUACGAGACGAGAGGGGACUUGGGAGAAUGCGUGAGCCGAUUCCGCAGCUGGUUCGUCUUUUCUACCAUCCCCGGCCCCUUUUCUAUAGUUGUCAUGUCUCUCGUGGCGGGAACAUGCAGACCAAUGCUGGAGGACAAGGUGAUAGACAUGGAGGUAGCGUCAGGCACGGCGUCGCCAACGGUCGACCCCUCGGUCCGGACCAUCCUCGUCGGCCACUCCAUGGGCGGGAUAGUCGCCGCCGAGCUCCUCAUCGCGCUGGCGUCGGAGAAGCCAAUCUACUCGGAGGACGGGAUCCGCAAGUCGGACGGCGAGAGGCCCGCCUUCAACGCCUUCAUGUUCCCCUACGUCCAGGGCGUGCUGGCCUUUGACACGCCCUACCUCGGGAUAUCGCCCGGCGUGAUCGCAGAGGGGUGGACGUGGGCGUCGUCCCAUCUGGAGUUUGUGGGCUGCCUCGCGAGGGCCGAGGAGCUGAAGAAGCGCGUGGGCUUCGUGGUGCGGCUUCACGAGGAGCUGGGCGUGGGCUUUGCCAACCUGUACACGAGGUUGGGCAAGGGUGCGUCUUCCAAGAAGAUCAGCAUGGCUGGGACGGUCCUGGGCAAGGACAGGACGUUUUGUAACUUGCCCAAGACGAUGAAUGCGGGGGACUGGAUCGAGGCGGUCAACGAUGAAGCGGGAGAUGAGACGGUGGCACAUAUGACCAUGUUUGAGCCAAAGGAGAACCCUGGGUAUGAAAAGCUAACCCACGACGCGGCUGGUUUGAUUGCCCAGUGGUCACGGAACGAUUGGUAUGAGAACUCGACAGAGACAACAACACCAGAGAGGGUGCAAAGUGCAGAGGUGGACGAGAAGGGCAAAGGGGCAGAAAAAGAAGAAGAAGAAAGAGAGACUACAGAGCAAAUCGCACCAAACUCAUAG